AUGUCUAACCCCAAAGUUGACGCAAAACCACAGGAGUUGGUUUCUCUCCCGACAUUAUUACAGUUGAUUCCAGACUUUCGUACGGAACUAAACUCGGAAGUCUAUAGGUUUAUACGAUCAUGUGACUCUGCAUUUAACUUAGCGACUAUUCAGCAACAGGAAUUGUUAUUAGUUUAUGCCUUAAACAAAAUUACUGGUCCCUCUUCUUCAGAGAUCCACGCCAAAAAAUAUAAAAAUUGGGUCGAAUUAAAAACAUAUUUAAUUCAGAGAUUCUCACAAACGAAAACACUAGGUCAUUUAAAUUUAGAACUCCAGACCAUGUUUCAAAAACCAAACGAGACUGUCACUGAGUAUUACCAUAGAGUCGACCUUUGUCGCAAUAAAAUCUUAGAGAAAUUAACAACCGAAAUAACUGACGAUUCUCUAAUCGGUAGAAAACUAACGGCGGAAGAAACGGCUUUAAAUGUUUUUAUUAACGGUCUUAGUUCCGACAUAGGAGUAAUGUUAAGAACUCGCGAAUUCUCUAAUAUUAAUGAUGCUGGCAAUUUUGCCAUGCAAGAAGAAAAAAUUAGGAGAAUGAAUAAGGCACGGCAAGCGUUAAUCCCCAAUACAAGACCUCCAGUUCGUAAUUAUCCUAUUCCUCGUCCUUCACCUAAGUUUUCCGAACAAAGAGUCCCACAUAUAACAUCUACUCCACAAUAUACACUAAAGUUUUGUAAUUAUUGUAAAAACAAAGGACACAAUAUAUCCGAGUGUCGCAAACGUCAUUUCAAUAAUAAUAAUAACAGACAUACAUUCAACACACAAAACUCGCAAAACAUACAUGUCAACCAUUUAAACUCACAGACGGCCGAAGAGACGAGCGAGUCUUCGGAAACCGUUUCAAUUCCUUGCACUCUCGCUCAAGUCCACGUAUCGAACCCGGGCAACCAAGAACUCGAGAACAUUCAAUUUCAGUAA